GUGCACCUAUGGACCCCGCCGAGUCAUCGUCACGAAGAGCGGAACGAGGUAGCGCCAGGGCCGAUUAAUCGCGCGCGGGGAAUCUCGCCGCUGGCGCACGUGCGCCGGAACCGACGCCAGCCAGUGCCGUCCGACGUCUCUCCAGCCUCGUCCCUUUCCUUCCUGUAUCAACCACCGGAAGGGAGUCGAUUUAUUCCAGUGUGUGCAAGGAGGAGGGCUUUUGUUGAGGGCUUCGGUGGUUCCUGACGGAGGAGGAGAAGCUCUGGGUGCAAGGAGAGAAGAAAGUAUAGGCAUCGUUCGAAUCAGAUAGCGUGAGAAGACGGAUUUCUUGGGAAUUCACGAGAGGGAUUUGGACCCGCAGACGUCGGAGGAGGACACCGGUGGGAGCCGCCAAGAUUCAGGGAUCAGCAAAUCUUGUGAGCUGUGGAUCUGGCAACUGGUACGAAGACCGAGUACGGAAAACACGACGCUUUUAUGGUGGUGUGGCAUUUUAUUCCUUCUUUUUUCUAAAGAUUGAAACGGUAGGAGAUUUGAUUGGCUUCAGCAACGGCAUUAAUUCUAGUUUCUAAUGCUGAGUGACUUACUCUCUUGAUGGGUUUAGUUCGUUUCUUUGGAAAAAGAUAUGAUUUUUGUGUUUUUGGUGCUCUAACAGCUGAAUUUUUCAGUAAAAUGUUGGAAGCCAGAGGCUCAAAUUUGUAAUGGAUGCUAUCUUUGAAAGAUUCUUGUCUUUAACUUCUUGCUGCUCUUAUUACGUUUGCUCGACUGUUGGUUGAGAGUAUGCGUUUCAUGUUUCUGUAUUGGAAAGGAAAACGGGGGCACUUGGAAUUUGAGUCCAUCAGACCCAUCGUAUUGUAAAUUUUUGAGGUGGUUUUUAUUGUGAUAUAUGUCAGUGGUGAGUCGAUUUGUAUAGCUUUUGAGAAUAAUCAAUAGUCAAAUUAAUGGAAGAUGCUUCUGAUCUAAUUCCAAAUCUGCUUUUGCAUUUGUUUCUAACUCUCAGCUAUGUAAGGAGCUUCAACAGUGCAAUGGCCUUUCUUGAACAAGAUGUCUACCAUGCAGCCAUUCAUGUUCUACAAGGAUGCACAAGAGGAGAAGUCAAGAAACUAUGUCUCUGAUGAACACUCAUCUUCGAGAUUCCAACCUGUAUCAGCCAUUGAUGCCUUUGAGGCCAAUCAGAAAUGCUUCAGUUUCGACAUAUGGCGAAGGAUGAACCAAUAUCCAUUCCAUGCAUAUCAGCCUCACAACACUGGUUUUGUUGAUUCUUCACAGCACAAGUUAAAUCACUUUAGUCCUGUCAACAUGAGCAGUCCUUUGUUCAAGACUGUGGGUGCUCUAAAUGGCCCUAAUAUAGCAGUCAUCUCUGCCAAGCAGCAGCCUUUCGGAUGUGGCACCACCAUUAGCACCCCUGUUGGUGGCCCUGUGCUUGGAGCUUUUAAUCCAAGCAAUAUGGCCAACACUACCGCCAAUAUGACUGCUCAGCUAACUAUUUUCUGUGGGAACUGCAUAAAUGUGUAUGAUGACAUUCCAUUGGAUAUGGUAUUCCAAUUUUGAUGUGAAUACCAUGGUUGUGAAGCAAUUUUGUUGAUUAAUUUUCUUUUCACGCUCAGGCAAUUAUGUUAUUGGUGAGUAAGGGAUCUACAGUGACUUGAAAUGCUAUGAAUUCGAGAUCUGAAGCACCCUUACUAGCUGCAGCCUCAGUCCCAUCUGAAGUAGUAGAAUCAGAUGGUUUAACUACGAAUAUGACUUUGAGCUCUAACGGGAAUCAUGUGGUAUCACCCUGCCCAUAUCCCUCAUGCUCGACAUCAGUUAUGUCAUAUACCGUGGCUAGCUCAAGUAGUGGUGAUAGCACCUAUGAUGACACAAUGGGGACUAAAGCUGUCG